AUGUCGAGCAAAAAUAAACCGUGCUACAAGUGCGGACAGGGCGGACACUGGGCGAAGGACUGCACGGUGCCGCGCGAGCGAUGGAUUUCAAAAGAGGCGAGCGACGCGCUGAAAACGCGCGAGGACGGCGCGACGACGACGACGACGGACGACGUCGAGGGCGGCGCGCGCGGCGAGGGCUCGGGCGAUGAUCGCGGCGCGCGCGCGGAGAAGCGGAAGUCGAGCGCCGGGACGACGCGGCGACCGAAGUUUAGCGUGCACGAUCACUUGCUCGGGCCGAACGGGCUCGGGGCGAUGUACAGAGAGUUCCCGGAGAAGUUUGCCGCGCGGUCGAAGGGCGAGGGACACGAGGAACACGAUAUGAAUUUGUUGGCGACGAUGUACAAGGAGUGGGCGGUGAAGAUGUACCCGUACGCGCCGGCGGAGGAGACGCUGGCGAGGGUGGACAAGUUGCAAAGCGACAAGAGCGUGAAGAUGGCGGUGCGGGAGUUUAACGAAUUAGAUUUCGGCGGCGGUGUCGGCGAGGCCGUGGAUGCGAUGGAGCGCGGGGAAAACGCGGGUGAAGGCGGCGAAGACAUCGAUUUCCCGGACGACGACGACGACGAGGCGCCGGCGACGGCGACGGUCGCCGACGACGUCGAUUUCCCAGACGACGACGUCGAUUUCCCGGACGACGAUGGAUUUGAGGAGCAAGAUUACGUGUUUGACGACGAUGAAGACGAGGACGCCGCGCGCGCGAUGCAGGAGGCGGAGGCGAGCGGCGACGACGAUGAUGAUGAAGAAGAAGACGAAGCCGUGCAAGGUAAGCGCGGCAAAAAGAUCAAGGGCGCGACGGAUUCGACGAAGAAUGCGUUCGAAAAGCUGGCGAAGAAAUUAGGAAAAGACGUUCCGGUCGCGAACGGCGAAGAGCUGAACCCGAACUCGAUGCUCUCGCCUCAACGGAAAAUAUUGCGCGUACGACCGAAGAUUUUGGACGCAUCGAGCGACGAAGAAAACGAACCGCCGAGUGAGCCCGCGCGACGACGACGCGCCGUGCACGGUAUGGACGAUGAUGAGGAUGAGUAA